AUGGUGGCUGAUGGCCCGGAUUGCAAUGGGGAGAACGAUUUCUCGAAGCGUUUCUAUGCAGUCAUGUACACAAUCAUCUUGGUUCCUGGGCUGAUUGGGAACAUUUUAGCCCUCUGGGUAUUUUAUGGGUACAUGAAAGAAACAAAGCGGGCUGUGAUUUUUAUGAUCAACCUUGCGAUUGCAGACUUGGCACAAGUUUUGUCUUUGCCUCUGAGGAUUUUCUACUACCUGUCAGAAAGCUGGCACCUUGGGAAGGAGCUGUGCAUGUUUUGCUUCUACCUGAAAUAUGUCAACAUGUAUGCAAGCAUCUACUUCUUGGUUUGCAUCAGUGUGAGGCGGUUCUUAUUCCUCAUGUAUCCCUUUAGGUUCAGUGACUGCAAACGCAUCUAUGACGUGUACGUUUGCAUUGCUGGGUGGAUUCUAGUCUGUGUUGGCUGCUUGCCUUUCCCCCUUCUACGACUCACCUCUAAUGAGACACACAUUAGUAAUAAAUGCUUUGUGGAUCUUCCAGUAAAGGCUGUUGAUGGUACCAUCUCUAUAGUAAUGAUGUCCUUUGGUGAACUAGUUGGAUUUGUAACUCCUCUGCUGAUCAUCGUCUAUUGUUCGUGGAAGACCAUCUUAUCUCUAAAAGAAAAAAAUUCAGUUUCCCAAGACCUUGGAGAGAAACGGAAAGCUCUGAAGAUGAUCCUGACUUGUGCCGUGGUCUUUCUGAUUUGCUUUGCACCUUACCACAUCAGCUUCCCGUUGGAUUACUUUGUGAAAGCCAACAAGAUAAAAGACUGCUAUGCCCGAAAAGUGAUUUUGAUAUUCCACACGGUGGCCUUGUGCCUUGCCAGCUUAAACUCUUGUGCAGACCCUGUCAUUUAUUAUUUUACCACAGAUGAGUUCCGAAGACGGCUUUCAAGGCAAGAUUUGCAGGACAGCAUUCAGCUCCAUAACACACGCUAUGAAAAUACAAAUGGCCCAGAGCAGCAGACCUCACUUGGGUGUGUGGCAGAAAAUCCAAGUCAUACUGUUUGA